AGCGAGUCUACCGCCGCCGCCGCUUUUCAGUACGUGACGGACGCGCGCGCAUCGCGACACGACCGAGACGCGCGGGACUCUGCUGCAGCAGUCGCUGCCGCCGCCGCCGCCGAAGCCGAAGCCGCCGGAACGUAUCGCCGAGACGGACAAUUUUGAUUCCAGAGCCGGUUAGUUCUCCCUACAUGCGUGUGCUGCGACACUUCCGUUACCAUUGUCGACGACGACGGAACCGCAAUGGCAGUCAUCCGGAUGGCCACGAAACGGUUUUUUUCCACCCACGACGCUAACAACAUUAAGAAUUAUAAUUUCGCCGUCUUCCUGUGUAUUACAAUAAUUGCCUUGCAUUCAGGCGAUGCAGGAGUGUCGGACGACAAUUACGGAAGAUACAUUGGGUCCUUUAAGGGCUUCGCUCAUGGUGUCCGUGGAACUGUGUACGCAGUAGAUGAAAACACGCUAUUCGUCCGGGAAUUCUUUUAUGAUGGUAUUGGCCCAACUGCUUAUUUUUGGGCUGGGAAAUCAUCAAGAAUUUCUCCGGAUGGAUUUACCAUUCCAUAUCCUGAGGACUAUCCGGCAAUGGAACCGCCCCCGCUACAGACGCACAACAAUUCAAACAUCAUAUUGCGGUUGCCGGGCGGAAAACGUAUCAAAGACAUCAAAUGGCUGUCAGUCUGGUGUAGGCGGUUUACGGUAAACUUCGGCGAGGUGUUCAUACCAAUCACACUGGAUCCACCCAAACCACGAAUCUUACCAGAGUUUAAACGUUUCGCUCACAGUUUGCGGUCAGGUAAUAUCAGUAUUCUUGACGCACGGACAUUCUACAUACCAAAUUUACACUAUGACGGCUUGGGGCCGGACGCGUAUUUUUUCGUCGGAAACGGUUCGGAGCCAUCAGCUUACGGCGUCAAAGUACCAAACGAAGUCGGGAGCUUGGAACCUCUGAAGGGCUACCAGGGGGAAGACAUAGAAAUCCAAUUACCCAGAAGCCUGACGAUGCACUCGAUCGAUUGGCUGGCCGUCUGGUGCGUGCAGUACACGCAUAAUUUCGGCCACGUUAACGUUCCGGAUGAUUUGGACGUGCCACCAGCGUUGGGGCAGACCAAGCUCACCCCAACAUGGUGGUACAAUCCAACGAGCAGCACUACUUCAGAUCCCGAAGGGCAUUGGGAGAUGAGCAAUUGUCGAGAACUAUUACCCGGUAAACUACAAGUGCACUGGGAAGUGCAAGAUGAUUGGGUCCAAGUGCAGUUGACCGGGAAAAUACGUGAAAACCAAUAUAUGGCAUUUGGUCUCAGUGGUAACCAAAAUAGCGUGACGAUGAUCGGUGGUGACGUGGUAGUGGUGUUCUACAAUCGGGAAAAGAACUCGUUUCUCGCUGAGGACUAUUACCUGUCUGCAACCACCGAAUGUGACGACAAAAAUGGUGUAUGCCAGGACGAACGGCUAGGUGGACGAAACGAUGCAGUCCUGGUGACCGGCACUCGGCGUAACGGUGUCACGUGUGUCGUGUACCGACGGCCGGUUCAGACCAACGAGGCGAUCAACGACCAGCAGGUGCCUGUGGAUGCAGCCGCACUGGUCAUAGCAGCCAUAGGCCCUCUGGGAAGUUCCGACCAGCCGGGCGCACAUGCAAUCCAAGACAUGACCAGAGACGAAAUAAGAAUAAAUUUCAACUCCAGAGACGAUCAUACGUGUACAUACUCCCUGUUCAAUCUUGACGAUGACAUGGAACGGACCGCGUGGCCACCCAACAUCAUCAUUGGCGAGAAAGAGUUUAAAGCUAAGCUCGGGCCAUCAGGUGGUACUCGGGGUUACAUGGCUAUUACGGGGCAUUCCACCGGUGACAUCGUUUGGUAUAUAAACGACAAACUUAUACCAGAAAUCUUUGUAGAGAGGAGACAGACGUACACAUUCAUUGUCGAAGGAGGAAAUGACCCUAAUAAAGGCGAACACUACCAUCCUCUGUAUAUCACAGAUAGUAGUGAAGGAGGAUUUGGACAGAAAGAUGACGUUGAACAGAGGAAACAACGUGUUUUUGCCGGCAUCGUCUACGACUCUGACGGCUUACCUUUUCCUACUACAGCCGGUCGAUAUUGCGAAUUUAAAUUCAAGUCUUACGAUCGUUCAUCAGAAAUGGAAACCUUCGAUGCCUUUUUUGACUCAUUGAAAUUAUCAUGUGAAAAUGGUAACGUGGGAUUACUGAACUGGACGGUCGCUGAAGAAACACCGGAUCUCGUCUACUAUCAGAGCUAUUCACAGACGUUCGUGGGGUGGAAAAUCCACGUGGUCGACCCCGGUUACAAGUGGAACGACAACAAGGACACCGCGGCCAGCCUACACAGCAGUCUGCCGUUGACGUGCGUGAUAUUGACCACCGUUGUUGCCGUCCAGCGUAUUUUCACGAUUAGUUUACUGUGAUGCGCGCGAUCCGGUAAACCAUGCGGUCCGACGGAUUACGGCGGCGGUGGCGACGGCGUGAUCACAACAACAAUACUCUAAUAGUAUAAAUAAUUAUAUUAUUAUAGUAACAUUGAUAACCGACGUUGUCUGGACGUUCGCCGCCACCACCGCCGCCGUUGACGUUGACGGCCGCACGACGAUCAUUUCCGAACGCCGGCCACGUAAAAAUGUUUGUCCAUCACGAUAAUAAUCAUAUUUCUAUUAUUGCUAUUACUUACCGGCCGUUCCGUGUAUACACGAUAUAUAACUCGAGAAGUUCAAAAGACUUUUUCCCCGUCUCUAUCGCACACGUCACUGUCGAUCGCGACAGGCUCAUCGUCGGCGUAUCUGCAUUUUGUCCGAUCUUAACGGUACCGGGUAAAAAAAUAUGAUUAUUGUCGUGUGUGUGCGCGUUCUCGACGGAGAAUCAAACGUUUACGUUUCCGGCGUUCGGAUCAAGCCGUCAUUUCGACGAAUGUUUAAUUGAUAUUUUAUUACAACUACACUUACAUGAUAUAGGAAAACAUCCGACGCACGCGCGUUCUACUUCCGAUCGCUGUUGCAUACCUAUAUCGUGUACGUUUCGUUUUAACGUUUGUGACGUGUGAGUUGGAAUGCCGUGUUCCGAGAUGACUAUAAUAAUUGUUGAACUUGUGUCCGUCCCGAGUAUAACUUUGAAAAAUUUUUACCGAUGACAGAAUAGCUCGAUAGGUACCUUUAAUACCAUAACAAUAAAGACGAAACCAUUUAAAAGAGUGAACGCGGGAGUUCAGAUUUUCAAUUAUUAACCAUUAAAAAAAUAUAUAUAAUAUUAUGAUACUUUGAAAUACUGUAACAAUUGUUCACAAUAUGAUGACAACAUCAGGUAUUGAUUUUUAAUUUUCUAUUUAGUACACUAUAAUUAUUAUUAUUUAUAGCUUAUAAAACAUUAUUAUUAUUAUAACCACAGUUUGGUAUAUUUUCGAUCAAAAAUAAUUAUCAAUUUACUUUCUGAUUGGUGAACUAUAAUACUAUAAUAAUAUAGCAAGAACACUUUUAUUAAAUUAACAGAUACACAGAAUGGUCAAAAUGUCUGAAUGUUUCACACUAUAAUUUUAUCACAUUUGACAUGCAGGCGACGAUGGCGUCGGUUGAACAAAAUCCUAUAACAACGUUACAACAAACAAAAAUACAUUCACGUAAUCCCUUUGAAUUCGAGUGGUGUUAAAUAAUAUUAUUGUUUUUAUUGUUGUCGCCUGUUACUAUACAGCAAUAAUAUUAUUUUAAUUAAUACCUAACUCUUUUACGGACAAUUUUUUAAAUUAUUUUAAAUUAUUUAUCACAUUAUAAUAUUAGUAUACCAAGAAAACAAGAGAAUAUCAUAGACGUAACGGCGGCGUUCAACGCAUACACUAAACGUAAAACGAAAACGUAAUUUACCCAACAUUAAGAAUAUCAAGCAAAACCAAACAUAUCAUUUGUAUAAAUCAUUUGUGCACAUAGUAAACUAAUAAUUGAGUGGAUUUUUGCUGUAGACUUUAAGGCAUAUUUAUAAUUUAAUAUUAUUACGCACGUUUAACGGUAGAUUAUUAUAAGUAGAAUUAUUAUUUAAUAACUGUUGUAGACCUAGUGCGGUUAAGUCAUAAAUUCAAUAUUGUAUUAUAUUGAGCUUAAUCGCUGGUAAUUAUUUUCUCUCAAUACUCAUAAUAAACAUAAAAAAGAGAGCCCCUCGUCGUUGUCGUAUAAUAAUAGAAAAUAUUAUAGGCGGAAUGGUAGUUAUACCUAUAUCCGUAAUGCCUCACUUCAUUCGCGUAACAAAAUAUUAAUGAUGGCCGAAAAACAAUGAGAAGAGUUUUGCAAAUACUAUAAUUUGAUUUUUUUAGUAAAAAAAGUCUAAACAAAUAAUUAAAUAAAUUCAAAUUAAAUCAUAACUACGACAUUUGUAUUAUCAUAGUACUCGUAUAUAUAGACAAUAAUAUUGGACGUCUUGUUUGUGCGAUUUUUGUCGAUGUUCGAGUAAAAUCGCAUUAUUAAUUUCGUAGUUAAAUAGUUUCAUAAUAAUUUCAAUAAGCAAUAAAAACAUAAAUAAAUAAAUAUUAUUCCACCUCCGCCGUUUAUAUAAUUUUCUACGAAUAUGCCACGAGACGGGUGCGCUUAUACAGUGAAUAAGCGACUGCUAACUCUUCAACUAUUUUUUCAAAAUAUAACAUUUUUGAGCUUGUUGUAAUAAAUAAUUUGCACAUUAUAAAACCAGUAGACGGAGGAAUUUGUUAGGAGAAACGUUGUUUCGUUAACUUGGAAAGAAUCGCGGAGAUUUUCGAAACCAAUUCCGAAAUCAUAAAACGCACAGCAUACAAUUUAAAAUGGAUUCGCACACCUCUAAAGUUGAAAAAUAAUAAUAAUGACAUUUAGUUAUAUCUAAACAUCGUGACGUAAAACAAACAACUAAUUAAUUAAAACUAAAAUAUUAAUUAUUUCAACUACAACUACAAACGCGCACACGAUUUAGUAUUUAUAAUAAUAUGUAGGUAAUUUAUAAUAAUCAAUGAUAAUUUAAAAUUAUGUUUUAAUGAUUACGAUUCACGAUUACCGGUGUAUUUGUUGGUCCAAUCAAAUCUUUAAACAAUAUUGCUCAAAAUAAAUUAUGAUAUCGUAUAAAAUUAAACUAUUUACGAGAGGAGCCGAUUCUUGAGUGAAAUACGUGAAUACGCCCAAGCCGUUGUUGUUAUUAUUAUUUAAUAUUUUUUAUUAGUAAUAAUAUUAUUUAAAUCAUCAAAUAUCUUCGCGCAUUCCAUACUAUAAUAUAAAUAUUUAAUAUUUUAUUAUAUUGCAAUCGAAACGUUUAAACUUUAAACCAAUAAACCGAAUGUUGAUACAAAAUGACAAUAAUAUUUUUUAGAUUUUAGUCGAUUAAAUUUUAAGGAAUCUUUAACUAUAAAUAAUAGGUAAAUAUUGACAAUAAAAUAUGUUCUAAGUGGUUAUUAUAUUAAUUGUUUUUGUAUAAUUUUUUUAAGAAACUUUUAUGUAAUUUAUACCUAUUCAAUUGGGUGUUGUAUGUGCAUACAACGAUACAUAUAAAUAAAAUGUAUUAUAAUGAUAGUAUGUAUACCACAUAUCUCUCGUCAAGUUGUAAAAGCUUAAUAAGUUUUUAUUUUUUACCUGAUUUUUCUCUCGACGUCUAAGACGCGUAUAGUAAUUACUGAUUAGUUUAAUAACUACAGGAGCUUCACCAAUAUUUUUACUAGUUGCUAUAGUUUAAUAAUACAGCGUGUAAUAUAAUGAUAUUGAUGUUUAAAAAGUAAUUACAUGUAUUAUACAUGUUAUACGAAACUAUGAAAUGGUUAUUUUCUGAUAAAUUAUAUUUUUCUAUCGAAUAUUAUAUAACAAAAAGUUAAAUUCAAUACAGUCAACAAUAAUAGUUUAAAUUAAUGAAUUUAUUUUACGAGCACUUUUACGUGUCAUAUAGUUUAUACACAAAAGUUAUUUUCCUUGCAUUUGAAAUUGAGAUAUUAUAAAAACUAAUUGUCCUCGAUAAGAAAAAUUAAUCGUAAACUAGGUACCAAAAUAAUAAAAACAAUAUCUUAUAACUCACCCACAAGAAUGGUUAUUUAAACUACUGUCUACCACCUAGUUCUUAGACUAUGAUGCUAUAAAUAAUAAAGUACAAAAGAUAGAUAAAUAAUUUUUUUCUUUUGAUGAGAUUUAUAAUAAUACAUAAAAUUGUGUUGUUGUAAUGACCAUGUAUGAUGUAGUGAUGCAGUGAUAUUAAUAAUAUCAUCUAUCCAUUUCAAGUUUCGUACUAAAUCCAUUUUUUAUUAAUAAUUCGUUUUAUUGUUUUGUUUACAUUUCGUAGAAUUAUAUAUUUUGUUUCUGACGAGAGUGUGUUUAAAGUUUAAUCAGUUAAAUGAUAUAUUAUAUGUUUUAAGUUGUAAGCAUUAUAUUAAAUUGUAUUUUAAUUUUUAAAUAUUACUACAUAUUAUAUUUAAGGAAAGUUAUCUAUAAGCAGUCAACAUUAUUCUAACGGUACCGGGAAACAUAUUAUUUACGUAAAUGUGUGUAUUUUAUAAUAAUUAGAUAGGUAUUUAUUUUUAUAAAAUAAUUAAGUAUUGAAAAUCAGCAUUCACCUACGUAUAGUAGCGAAAAAAAUAGUUUUAGCCAAUUAUCGAGCAAAAAUUACAAAACAAUAAUGUUUUACGCAGGAAAACAUGUUAGUUAACAGCAGAAUUGUUUGUUAAACUCACACAUAAACCGUAUAUAAUAAAAUAAAUCGAUUUCCCGUGUACCUAUAUUAAUGUAUAAUAAUAUAUAUUAUAAACUCAAGUAACUCAUGUAAUAUUUUAUAUAAGAAUAAGAAACAAAUCUGUGUUUUUGGUGACAAUAAUUAUCACAUUAUUUAACUUUUUAUUAUUAAUAUUAUUUUAAUUGUUCUUUAGUAUUAAGGACCACGUGUCAAAUUUGAAUUUUAUGUAAACCUCGACAAUAACUAUCUUAGACGAUUGAUAAAUUAUAAUAAUUUAGGUUAAUCUUUAAUAUAACUGAUAUAUAUAUAUAUAUCUGCUUGAAAGAUCUUUUUGUUUAAAAAAAAAAUGUAUCAUUCAUACAAUUAAUUAUAUUAAACGUUUAUAGGUAUUUAUAAGAAACAGAAGAUAGAGAGACAUGGGGUGUUGUAAAAAUAUUCUUUUUUAUACAUUUUAAGUAAAUUGUGUUAAAUGAAUAAGUUACAGACACGGCAAAUCGAGUGACAGAGAUUUAAUGUAAUAUAUGUAUAUAAAUAUAUAUAUAUAUAUAUAUAUAUAUAUAUAUAAUUGUAUAUCAUAUAAAUAGAUUGUGUACACCUGUUUGUUUCUCACUCUUAAAAAAAAAAAAAACUAAAAUAAUUUUUGCUGUGUAAACUAAUCUAGAUUUUAUAAGUGUAAUGAUGUUACCUUUAUUUAAACACUUGACAAUAAUAUUAGUUUAAUUUGUAUAUUUAUUGAUAGUAGCUAAUUUUUUUAUUUUAUUUUGACAAAUCUUAUCAAAAUAUAAUUAACUUAAAUAUUAUUAUUAAACUAGUAUACCUUUGCAACUAUAUUUCAAACAUGAAACAAUAUCCAUAGUUUAGUAGUAUAUUUUAAGUAUAGAACUAGUCAAAAUAGAAGACAUAUAGGUAAUAUGAAUAUUUUCUUUAUUAUUACUACCAGUUAUACCACUAUUUUUUUCCAUUUUAUUAUGUUCUCGAGCACUUAAUAUUAUGUCUUA